AUGUCUACCUUCGACCCCUCCAACGUUGACCUCAACUCCGCCAGCAAAGAGGAUGUCAUCUGUUACCUCUCGUUGUCGGAAAAUGAGUACAACGGCCACUUAGGCGUGCGCAUAUCGUCCGUCUUUGUCAUCUUUAUCACAUCGACCGCAUUUACCCUCUUCCCGGUGGCUGCUCAGCGUCUCCCCCAAUGGCGUAUUCCUCAUCAUGUGUACCUGUUUGGGCGAUACUUUGGGACAGGGGUUAUCGUGGCGACUGCGUUCAUCCACCUGCUGGACCCCGCCUACCAGAGUAUCGGACCAGGAACAUGUAUCGGCAUGUCCGGCGCCUGGGGCGAGUACUCCUGGUGCGCGGCGAUUGUUCUCUCAUCCGUCAUACUGAUCUUUCUUAUGGAUGUCGGGGCUGAGAUCGUUCAUCACCCAGCCAGCAUGCUCCAGUCCGCACGAAUCAUCGACGGACUUACGGCAACGGAACCAUCAUCCCCAACAGGAAGCAAGGAUCUCUACCCCCACGCAGACGAAAUCUCCGUCUCCUCCGAACGGGCUUUCCGCCAGGACAUCGCCGCCUUCCUGGUCCUCGAAUUCGGCAUCAUCUUCCACUCCGUCAUAAUCGGUCUCAACCUCGGUGUGGCAGGCGACGAAUUCGCAACGCUCUACCCCGUUCUGGUCUUCCACCAGUCCUUUGAGGGACUGGGGAUCGGAGCUCGCAUGUCGGCGCUCCAUUUUGGCAAACGCCGCUGGCUACCUUGGGUUCUUUGUCUGGCAUACGGACUCACCACGCCGAUUGCCAUUGCCAUCGGGCUCGGGGUACGCACUUCGUAUAACCCAGGCUCGAGGACGGCUCUGAUCGUGCAGGGGGUACUUGACGCCAUAUCGGCGGGGAUCCUGAUAUACAGUGGGUUGGUGGAGUUGCUGGCACGAGACUUUUUGUUUGAUCCGUGUCGGACGAAGCGACGGGGACAGAUCUUGUAUAUGCUGGGAUGCACACUCCUGGGAGCUGGAAUUAUGGCGUUGAUAGGCAAGUGGGCUUAA